AUGGCUCCCAAAAAGGUUAAUACAAAGGACAAUGCUGAGAAGAAGAAAAAGUUGAUUACGAUAGAACCGAAGAAGGAAAGCAUUGAUAAACAUGAGAGAGGGGUACGUGUAGUGGACAUUGCACGUCAAUACGACCGGAUCAUGUCGACGAUCUGCACCACCCUGAAGAAAAAGGAUGCGAUCGAGGCUGUUACAAUAGCAAAAGGUGUCUCCAGGCUCUCUAAGCAACGCAUAACUGUCCACGAAAGGAUGGAAAUAUUGCUUCUCCUGUGGAUCAACGAGAAACAACUCGCAGGGGAUACGAUUACGGAGAUCAUCAUCUGCGAGAAAGCACGAGCUCUGUAUGGGGAUCUCCUGAAGCAGAACCCUGGAAAAUCGACGGAGGAGACAUCAACAGACGCAUUUAAGGUCAGUCGUAGCUGGUUCGAUAAUUUCAAGAAGACUGGUGUUCAUAUCGUCGUCAGGUAUGGAGAAGCAGCGAGUUCUGACACGAAGGCAGCUGAGGAUUUCGUGUGUGAAUUCCGUCAGCUCAUCGCAGGUGAGGGUUGCAUCGCACUGCAAGUAUUCAACUGUGAAGAAACUGGCCUCUUCUGGAAAAAAAUGCUGAAAAGAACCUACAUAAUGCCAGGCCACAAGCCUAUGAAAGACAGGCUAACUCACGCCCUUUGUGCCAAUGCGAGUGGAGACUUGAAAAUUAAGCUGCUCAUUGUCUACCAUUUCGAAAAGCCACGAGCGUUUAAGUCGCACAAAAUCCUGAAGGAGAAGCUGCAGAUCAUGUUAAAGCCUGGGUCACCAAGCAAUUCUUCAUCGAGUGGGUCAACCUUAUCUUCGGACCAGUAG